AUGGGAGCGAGCUCUGAAACCUUUCUCAUUUCCCGAAUCUCGAGGUCGAGGAGCAUGGAGCAAGCUCUCGAAAAGAUCCGUCCGCACACGACAUCUGCACUGGCUCACCAGAAAACUCCCGCGACACUGCUUGUCGCGCUCGAAUCGACCCUCCGAGAACACAAAACUGAGCCAUCUCCUACCGCUUAUUUCGCCGCGCUCUUGACCACGCUCGAUGGGACUUUGCAGAAGAACGAUGUCGGGUUGGAGGACAGCGCGAUAUUGCCUGCGGAACUCUACCUGUUAGCUCUUGUAGCACCGUUCGUACCACCCGCAGUCGUGCGAUCAAAUCUGGAAACGAUCCUCUCUCUGACUGCACCGCUGUUCCCUGCCCUAGCACAACAUGCACCCCCUUUACGAUCGCAACUAUCCCUUUAUCAAAUCCUUCUCCAGACACUCGAUCGGUCACAGCUCGACGCACAAGGCGUCCGACAGACGUUCGCCUCCAUUCUCCAGUUGUGUGUCGAUCCGCGACCGAAAGUGCGCAAAAAGGCGGCUGAGAUCGUCAGAGAUGUACUUGCGCAUCCACCAGCACCUCUCUCUAGGCAUCCGUAUGCGGAACGUGUGGCAGAGUGGGUCAAGUCGGCGUUGGCGGAAGUCAGUUCGGGGCCAUUCGCACGAUCUAAGUCUGCUGCAGCACCUGUCGCCGAUGACUCGGCUAUUCACGUUCUUGCGCUACUCCGGCCUCUAUUAUCACACCUUCCCCCAUCUGCUCUGCCCCCGCUCACAAACCUGCUCCUGAGCCUACCACGACUUGGCAACUCGUAUCUGUCCCAAUCAUCCUACUCCCUCCUCGCCGAGAUCUUCUCCCUGCCUGUUGAUGAUGAAUCAACCGACACCGCAGAUCAGAUUUCCUCGGUUCUCCAGGCCGUGCUUUCCUCUCCUCCCUCCAAAGCCGACACGACCCUCGCACCCGCCUGGACACAGGUGCUCGGCACCGCCAUGUUCUGCUAUCACUCGACGAAUCCAGAAGCUGCUACCAACGAACUGGGACGGGUAUGGAAAGCUGUCUGGCCGUUCCUCGAGUCCAACGACGGAGCCACCAAGAAAGCUGCUGCUGAAUCUCUUGUCUCGCUGACCAGCUGUAUCACGGUCGAGAUGGUGCAGUCGACCUUGGCUGAGACGGGCGAGACUCGUUCGACCACCGUGGGAAAGAUCGUACAGCAGAUCAGCAAGGCGCUCGAUUCACUUCCGUAUGCUGGCGCCAUCCCCCAACUUUUGUCUGUUGUCUCUGCUCUGAUCGUCAGUCUACGGUUCAAAGUAGGAGGCACUGGCAACAGUGCUACAGAGGCGUUACUCUUGCCCUUGAUCCAGCACAUCGGAGAUCUGAGAGUGCAGAAAGGAUUCGAGCACAAGGAGGAUGCAGAUGCCACGCUGGGAGCGGCCGUACGAGUACUAGGUCCCCAUGUCUUGCUCGAAGUCCUGCCCCUGAACCUUGAACCAGCAGACAGAACCGCCUCGAAAGAGCCCCGGGCGUACUUGCUUCCCCUCCUCGCCCAGCCACACCCGUCUCCGCUUUCACACUUCGUCGGCUACUUUGUGCCCUUGAGCGAGCGGAUGUUUGGUUUGCAGCAGGAAGCGGAGGGCGAAGGACGACAGGCUCAGGUCAAACUAUGGAGCGUGCUCAUCGGCCAAAUCUGGACUGGGUUGGUGGGAUACUGCUGGGGGACCCCCGAUCUCGCCCAAUCCCUCAAUCCGAGCUUUGCAUCGCUGUUGUCCAACCUGCUUUAUGGCCAGGAAGAACUGCGACCCUCUGUUCUGCGCGCUCUCAAGGUCCUCGUCGAGUCCAAUAUUGCGAUCGCUGCUUCGGACGAUGCAUCCGAGACAGCUCCGACAAAUCCGAGCAAUCUGACCCCAGCUCAAGCACAAGCCAAUUUGGAGCAUCUGCGCACGCAGGCAGAAAGCUGGAUGGCUGUAUUGUUCAACGUCUUCAGUACUGUGCCUCGGGACAACCGCAACUCCGUGGGCGACGUGAUCUCGGCUUGGGCUGGCGUGGCUGGAGAGAAGGAAGUUGCAAAAGCACAGUCUAAGCUGGUUCAGCUGCUGAAAACCCAUUUGGUUGCCCUGUCGAAACAGACUCACUCCAGCUCGAUUGAGGCAGGAAGCGAGGCGGCCGUCACCCAGGACCUGAUUCUUCUCCUGCUUCCGAGUCUCUCCACUGCGGACGCGCAACAACUUUUCGACCUUUGCCUGAGUGCGCAGGUGCUCGGUGCCCGAGACAACGGCGUUCAGAAGCGCGGAUACAAGAUUCUUGCCAGACUGGUCGAGACCGGGAAAGUGGAUGUAUCCCAGGAUGGGCGGGCAGAGGUCGUGCUCAAGAAGAUUGACGAACUUGAAGAGGGUCUUGCCUCCGCUGCGAAGAAGGACCGGUUUACGUUGCUGACGCUUCUCAUUCCGUUGCUCCCUCCGACUGCCAUGCACAUCAUCCCCACCCUUAUCCCUGAAGCCGUGCUGGGCACCAAGGAGCCCUCAGAGAAGGCACGCACAGCGGCGUUCGACUUGAUCGUGGCAAUGGGCCGGAAGAUGAGCCAGGGUGGUGUCGUGAAACGCAACCUCGUGGACGGAAUGGAUCAGGACUCGGCUGAAGAUACAACCGCCGACAUCCAAGAGUUCAUGACUAUGGUCGCCGGUGGAUUGGCUGGUGCGACACCUCACAUGAUCAGUGCAACCGUGACUGCCGUGUCCCGACUUGUGUUCGAGUUCAAAGACUUGAUUCCACCCGCCAUGCACUCCGAGAUCCUGUCCACUUUGCUUGUGUUUUUGUCGUCUGCCAACCGCGAGAUCAUCAAAUCCACGCUAGGAUUCGUGAAGCUGUCCAUCCAUACUCUCCCUGCCGAUAUCGUUCGGCCUCAUCUGGCUGCUCUUGUGCCAGCACUCCUGGGCUGGUCGCACGACCAUAAGAAUCACUUUAAGGCCAAAGUCCGACAUAUCUUCGAACGCUUGUUGAGGCGAUUUACCUGGGACGAAGUUUAUGGCUGCGCGGGCGAAGACGAGGCCAGGAAAGUCCUGGUGAACAUCAAAAAGCGCAAAGAGAGAGCCAAGAGGAAAAAAGCUGGGAAGGAGGAGGAGGAUGAGGAUGCACCAGCAGCGGCGAAACCCGUUUCUGGUGAUGCCUUCGAGGAUGUUCUAUACGGCAGCGAGAGCGAGCUGGACGACAGUGAUGAAGAAGAGCCUCAGCCGCGUCGGGGACAGCAGGAUAAGAGGAAGGCAGCACAAAACAACAUUCGGCUGCGUGUUGAUGAUGACGAGCCGAUGGAUCUUCUGCAGGGCGCAGCGUCGAGGGUUACUCAAGGAUCCUCUAACCGGCGCAAGAAACCCGGUGAUGACGCCGCCCGCUUCAAAACGGACACGGACACAGGCAAGAUGAUCAUCGACGGCGAGGAGGACGAGCAAGAGGACCAUGCACAAGAGGACGUGGAGGGAACCGCUUACCAAGAAAAUCUGACGUCCGUGGACGGCUUUACCCGCGGCGCCAACGGCCGAGUCAAGUUCAACAAGGACACCAAGAAACGGAGAAGAGAGAACGACGAGGCUGAGGGUGAUGUCGAAAUGGACGACGCCCAGGACAAGGGCAAAAAGGCCAAGCACAAGGGAGACCCCAAGUUUGGCCACGAAUUCAAAGCCAAAAAAGCAGGCGGUGAUCUCAAGAAGGGGGGUGUGGAUCCUUAUGCAUACAUGACUUUAUCCCAAGCCGCGAAGAAACGGGGUCAUGGAAAACACUCUAAGAUGGGCAUUGCCGGGAAAAAGUAGAUCUCCUCGGUCAUAUCUGUACUCGUAGCCUCAUGACUUUGGAUUUCGGUUCACAUUGCAUGGCAUCGGUCGAGACUGAUCGAUGUCUAGUAAAACUGGUGUAACAAUACUUUAUCCACUCGAUCUCAUGUACCAAUCGCUCUGCUCGUCUGGUCUGAUAACCAGCGAUGACAAUCCACAUACGACCGCUAUCCUUCGG